GACGUCAGCUCAUGUCUCUGCCUGUGCUCGCGAGGACAGAAGGAUAUGACUGCAGUUGAUAGAUGUGUUGUAGUGAUGUAAUUUUAGCCGUUUGUUGACUACGGAUGGCUGUUUGUGCCAGGCUUUGCGGAGUCGGACAGUCCCGAAGGUGCCGGAGACGACAGAGGAACGACCAGCAGGACCAAGGGAGCGAUUCUGACAUGGACGAGGAAGAAGAGGAGAGGAUCGUAGGCCAGCGGAGGAGCGACGCAGGUAGCUGUGGAGGCCCCGGGCGCGUCGCCGCCGUUGCGGCCGCAGCCACUGCAGAGCCAAGUGACGCUUGUGAAUAUGGAAGCGGUCAUAACACCAACAGAGGAGGCUCAAACACUGGACCUCCACACCCAGAGUCAUUAAUGGAAUUACCCCCGGAGCUCUUAGUGGAAAUAUUCUCUUUGCUUCCUGGAACAGUGUUACCAAAUGUCGCACUCGUAUGCAAAAAAUUCAGACAAAUUCUCAACACGGAAACCAUAUGGAGAAGACGGUGCGCGGAAGAGUUUGGCAUGAGGGAAGACCUGAGGAAGAUGGAAGCGACUGGAGUAUCUAGCCAAGAUCUCUACGUUAAACGUGUCAUCCCGCGAGUGAAGUCUGGGCGCUUUAUGAAGCUCCUACCUGACUACGAGCACAUGGACUAUAAAGACGUGUACACACACUUGCUUCACCCAUAUAGGCACAUUUUAGGGCUUUGGCAGCCUGACAUCGGACCUUAUGGUGGAUUACUCAAUGUCGUGGUGGACGGGUUGUUCAUUAUUGGCUGGAUGUAUCUGCCUCCUCAUGAUCCCCGGGUGGAAGAUCCAAUGAGAAGGCGACCGCUUUUCCGCAUUCACUUGCUGGAAAGCAAAAAAGCCACUGUGGAGUGUAUGUAUGGACACAAAGGUCCCCACAAGGGAGACAUACAGACAGUAAAGAAAGAUGAAUUUUCCACAAAAUGUAACCAGACCGAUCAUCACCGCAUGCCAGGAGGCAGACAGGAGGAAUUUAGGACUUGGUUGGAGGAAGAAUGGGGUCGCACACUGGAAGAGAUCUUCCAUGAACACAUGCAGGAGCUCAUUCUGAUGAAGUUCAUUUACACCAGUCAAUAUGACAACUGCUUGACAUACAGGCGGAUCUACCUGCCUCCUUUGAUGCCUUCAGAUCUGCUUCAGCCAGGCUUAUUCAAAGGCACAUAUGGAAGUCAUGGCUUGGAGAUUGUCAUGCUAAGUUUCCAUGAGAUGUCUGCAAGAGCCACUAAACUCACUGGAGACCCAAACGUUCCUGCAGGGCAACUCACACUGGAUGUUGACCUGAGUCAGCCUGUGGACCUCCCAGAAUUGGACCAACAGCGCAACAUAGAUGUGCUGUCACGGAUUAUAUUGGGAAUACAUGAGAAAGUACAAAGGGAGGUUCAACAGCCAGCCAGCGACACCUCUGCUUGUGUCGAACAUGCAGAGGAGGAAGCAGAUGAUGCUGCUGCUGAAGAAACGGAGGUCGACCACGGUGCCUGUGUAGACGCAUGCCAGUCUGGCCCCAGCGGUAGUAGCUCUUCUCCUGAGGCUCAGCCCUUUGUUUUGCCUUUAGGGGUCAUGGCUCGCAAUGAGGUGUACCCUCGCACCUGCAGAAAAUGCUUCUAUGGAACAGGUCUGAUUGCUGGACACGGCUUCACGAGUCCAGAGCGCACGCCGGGGCUCUUCGUGCUGUUCGAUGAGGACCGUUUUGGUUUCAUCUGGCUGGAGUUGAAAUCUUUCAGCCUGUACAGUCGGCUGACGGACCACCUGCCCCACGCCCACGCACCCAGCAUGGAGCCCUUUGAGGCUAUGCUGCGCAACAUGCAGUCUUGGACAUCCUGAUGCACCGAGCGUUUAGCGAAAUAACCCUUACACAUGAAUCACCUCUGCUGAGAACGUCAGCAUCCCAGUAUCAUUAUCCUAACUCUUAAUGGUUGAGAUUGGUUUUUACUGUGCUACUCUACCUGCUUGUGUCUCACCCUGACCUAACACACUUAUAUUUCCCUCACAUAUGCACUCUGAAGGGCCUCUCAUGUCACUGUUUAUCACCUCAGCCUGGUAUGACCUUAAUCUAAGUUUAGUGCAGCAUGAUAACGGGUCACAUAAAACUUUAUUUAUUCCCUACAGACAAAGGAGAGCAAUGGUACCACUUAUAUCACCCGUUGAGGAUCAAACUGUAUGUGCCUGUGAUUCCAGAAACAUGUCUGUACCCGAUAGUGCUUGAAGCAGAUAAAGGUGUUCAGUGUAUUCCAUUAUAUCACAGUAUUAUACCAGCUUCAGUCCCGGACAUGUUCAAGUGCAUGCUGCGUUUAUUUAGAUCUAAUCAGCACUGCAUCCAUAACCACUAUCUAAACAUGUUUGGUUUGUGUAAAGCAGCAUGCCUUGUUUUUUUUGUUUUGUUUUUUUCCAGUAGGUAAAUUAAGAAAUUACAUCUCAGGUGCUUCUCUUGAUUUCAAGUCCAAAAACAAGAAUAUACAGUUACAUUCAGUAGUGUUCAGCAGAAAAAUGCAAGGAAUUAUUUUAAAAUUGGCAAAUGUUCUCUAUCUUCCAUUUGAUCAAACCUACAUUAGCUAACUUUUAUUGAUUAAUUGGUCUUUGAAUCAUUUUCAUAGGCAACACAACACUUAAUGUGACCCCACCAAACAUAUUAGCCUAUUAUAAAAGCUGGAGAAAAUGUAUUGUAAUGCAAUAGGUAAUCUAUACAGUAGUUAAAAUUGAAGUAUCCAGAUAUGUUGUUUUUGCUUCUGUAAAAAUGUCUCCAUCUUUAAAAUGUGUGUUUUCAUGGCUGACAGUGUUUUGCCUGGCUUUAUUAGCUGCAAACAUUUUACCUCCAGUUCCCUCUAUAAUGAUUUCUAACUCGCUGAUCAGACCAACGGCUCAAAGUGCAACUCGAAGCUCAAAGUAACUCUCUGUGUCUCAUUACGACCAUGUGAUGGUGUUGCCCAGUAGCUUUCCUACUCCAAGUGCACUUUUCUGGGCAGGUCAGUAAAUCAUGAAGACCAGUGGACAGCACUUUUUUUUUUUUUUUUUUUUUUUACCAGACUGCAGUUUUGCUAACAUCAGCAAAACAGGUGUCUGCUGAAGCAUCCUUGAUAUGUCACAUUUUAUUAACUUCAUGUCAACUUUUUAUUGAAAUUCUCUGAUCUGUAAACCCAGCUAUAUGACUGAUUUGCCUUUGAAAAGUGUUGCUUUGUAAUAAUUCCAUAUGCUUGGUUUCAUUGGAAAUUUUAGGUUUGACCUUUUGAACUGCUCGCAGACUUCAGGGAGCUUUUCAGCUUAAGCACUCAGUAAUAAAAAUAAAAAUUUAAAUCUGUUUCUCAUA